AACAACAGGAACAUCGAUCUCUCCCAUCAGCUGACCAAACUGACAAAUCUAAAAGUGUUGUGUUUAGAUGACUGUAACCUUAAAACAGUUCCCGCUGCCGUGAUGAAACUUCCGCAGUUAGAAGCGCUGAUCCUCAGUAACAACGACAGCAUCACCCUGCCGGAUGAGAUGUCGGGUCUCAUCAACCUCACUGUCCUGGACUUACAGAACUGUAACCUUAAAACAGUUUCCGCUGCCGUGAUGAAACUUCCGCAGUUAGAAAUGCUGAUCCUCAGUAACAACGAGAACAUCACCCUGCCGGAUGAGAUGUCGGGUCUCAGCAACCUCACUGUCCUGGUCUUAGACAGCUGUAACCUGGACACACUACCGCCAGUUGUGCUGAAACUAACAAGCCUACAGGUGCUGGAUUUAAGUGAAAAUAUGCAGCUCUCCCUACCAGCUGAGUUGAACGGACUGAACAACUUGAAAGUUUUGAGACUACGUGACUGUAACCUGGACAUCGUUCCCCCGGCAGUACUGAAACUCCCCCAGCUGGAGGAACUGGACCUCAUCGGGAACAGCGAGAUCCACCUGCCGGAUGGGCUGGCCGGACUCACCAACAUCCGGGUACUGAGACUAGCGGGAACAGACAUGGUCACCGUUCCACCGGUAGUCCUGAAACUCCCCCAGCUGGAGGAACUGGACCUCAGCAGGAACAGCGGGAUCCACCUGCCGGAUGGGCUGGCCGGACUCACCAACAUCCGGGUACUGAAACUAUGGGGAACAGACAUCGCCACAGUUCCCCCGGUAGUUUGCAGACUGACACAGUUAGAAUGGCUGGACUUGAGCGGUAACAAACUGGAGACGUUACCCGCGGAAAUCGGACAGCUCACUAACGUCAAACACUUGGCUCUGUCCCACUGCGAGCUGCGCACACUCCCACCUGAAGUGUGGAGACUGACACAGUUAGAAUGGCUGAACCUGAUCGGUAACCAACUACAGACGUUACCCGCAGAAAUCGGACAGCUCACUGACGUCAAACACUUGAAUCUGUCCCACUGCGAGCUGCGCACACUCCCACCUGAAGUGGGGAGACUGACACAGUUAGAGCGGCUGGACCUGACCUACAACCCGCUACAGACGUUACCCGCGGAAAUCGGACAGCUCACUAACGUCAAACACUUGGCUCUGUCCCACUGCGAGCUGCGCACACUCCCACCUGAAGUGUGGAGACUUGCACAGUUAGAAUGGCUGGACCUGACCUACAACCCGCUACAGACGUUACCCGCGGAAAUCGGACAGCUCACUAACGUCAAACACGUGUAUCUGUCCGGGUGCGAGCUGCACACACUCCCGCCUGAAGUGGGGAGACUGACACAGUUAGAGCGGCUGGACCUGAGCGACAACCAGCUACAGACGUUACCCACGGAAAUCGAGCAGCUCACUAAUGUCAAACACUUGGAUCUGUCCAGGUGCAAGCUGCGCACACUCCCACCUGAAGUGGGGAGACUGACACAGUUAGAAUGGCUGUACCUGAGCCGUAACCAACUACAGACGUUACCCGCGGAAAUCGGACAGCUCACUAAUGUCAAACAAUUGGAUCUGUCCGACUGCGAGCUGCGCACACUCCCACCUGAAGUGGGGAGACUGACGCAGUUAGAAUGGCUGUACCUGAGCCGUAACCAACUACAGACGUUACCCGCGGAAAUCGGACAGCUCACUACCCUACAUCAUAUGGACGUUAGUGACAACCCACUAAUAAAGCCACCAACUGAAGUUUGGAGUCAGGGGAUCACUACUAUCAGGCAGUACUUUCACGAACUUGAACGCUCGGAAGAGAUAAGUGCUCGUUUGAAAGUUGUUGUCUUGGGAGAGAAAAUGGCGGGAAAAACAAGCCUGGUACGGACGGUAGACAGUGGCAAGUCCACCCUGACAGAAGAAGAGGAGCGCACACACUGUGUAGAGAUAACUCAGUGGGCACCUGAUGACAACAUCACGUUUGAAGUGUACGACUUUGGCGGCCAUGACGUGUACCAUCUCACUCAUCAGUCCUUCCUGACUCCGGAUGCCUUUUACCUGUUAUUAGUGAACCUGCAGACAUACAGCUGCAGUGAGGAGAGAUACACAGAAGCCGUGGGGUUCUGGUUGGACACACUGAAUGCCCGCGUGCCGGGGGCGGUGGUUACAAUAGUUGGUAGCAAGAUGGACAUGUGCAGUGAGGCAGAAAUAAUUGAUAACAUGAAGGACAUCAAAGUAAAGAUCCAACAGCAGAUUGACACAUGGAAAAGUAGUACAGAGCGCCGAAUAAAGAAACUCAAUCAAAGAAAGGCUGAAAGCGAGGAGGAACAUAGGGAAAUAGAGAGGCAGUUAGAACGCACACAAAGCCUCCUGAAACGCUCAUUGCGUCUGAUUGGAAUGUUCUACAUCAGUUCUGCAGGACGAACAUCUGGGUUGGACUCACUAAAGAAUCACAUACUGGAGUCAGCAAACAAUACUGAUCUGUUUCCUACGCUUAGAAAGAUCCUCCCGCGGACAUGGAUGGAGUUUGAACAGCAGAUGCACCUGCUACGUGACAAGGGAACAGAGACACGUGAAUUCCCUAGAGGAGACGACGAUGACUCGACAACUCUGCAUCUUCAAAAUAAAAAGAAACCAAUGUGGCUGACGCGAACCGACUGUUUGCAGCAAGGGCAGCUUGCAGGUCUCACGGCGGACAGACUGGAGCCAGUCCUGUCUUACCUGCAGCAGGUGGGAACCAUCCUCAGGUACACGGACAUACCGGAACUCAAGGACCUGGUCUUCCAUGAUCCUCCCGCCUUGAUUGAAAUCUUCAAUGAUAUCUUCCAUCACGACAUCGAGGAACUUUUCAAAACGCCCAGAGUAAAGAAUGCUGAUUUUACUCGCACACAGCUCGAGGGUUUUCAGCAAGAUCUGCGUGACUGUGGACUGAUCCAGAAGAAGGUGAUGACGUACAUGCUACCACCCAACAUCGAUCCUGACAUUGUUACAGCUCUGAUGCUGCAUUUUGGUCUUUGCUUUGAAUUGAAAGCCAAAGAAAAAACAGACAUUCGUCAGUACCAAAUACCUUGGUACCUAGAGAAACAAAUGCCAGAGGACUUGAAAGAUGACUGGCCAGAUGACGUAUCAGAGGAACAAGAACAACUGCAGCUGAUGUGCAACAUCACAGGAUUCUGUCCCCGGGGACUGUUUCAGAGGUUCAGUGUUAGGAUUCAUCCACUUGUCGAGGACAGGAUAGACUGGAAAGAUGGAGUCAUGGCCUACAGACAGGACUACCCCGUACUAGUCUGUUCCAAACCUGCUGCAGACGACACGUACAUCACCAUGGCAACCAGAGGCAGGCUUGCCCAGGCAGAUGAGAUGUGGGGCGUGGUCCACCCACUGCUGGAUGUGCUGGUCCAGCUGCUACAGGAGUGGCCAGGUGUGCUGUACUCCCUCCACGUCACCUGUGCGCACUGCAUCAAGGCAGGACUGGACAGGCCGUACCAGCACGAACUGAGGGACCGGACUGCAGAGGACGGCCGUGACGUCAGGUGUCCCAGGGUCAAGAAUACAGCAUCAACAUCAGCAGACCUUGUGUACAGACCAGCCAGACUCACUGGACACGGCGGUGUUCCGCUCGAGAUACAGCUGCGGGGUCCUGCAAUGCAGCAGCUGUACUCUGAGGCCUGCCGCCAGGGGGCGCAACGGGUGUACAACGUGCGCGGGCUCGUGGUUGGUCAGUUCAGAUCCGGGAAGACGUGUGUCGUCAGGAGGCUGACGGGAGAGAAGGCUGUGGAGAAUCAACCGAUAACAGACGGCAUCGAGAUUAUACCCAGCGUGAAGACCAAGACUUGGCGGAAAGCAAAAGAAGAGCCUGACGAAUUCAAGGAAACCAUGGCAGAACGCUUAGCGGAACAACAAGAACGGAUCAAACUACGGACUCAGACAUCGUCACGAAGCCAAGGAGUAGUCCGGCUACAGAGCAACAGGAAAGACCCUACAGGUAUGCAAAAACGUAUAAGCAGGACUACGUCACCACAAACACAAGCUCAACAACAACUCCAGCAUCCAACACAUGGGAUUCCGGAUGAUGAGCACCUUCAGGGUGCCGUAAGGGUUCAUCAGAAAACACAGGACAUUCCGGAUGAUGUCAUAAUAAAAGCCAAAGAGCGACUCCAAAGUGUCGUGACCGAGGAGCAGCUUGGAACAGCCGAAAACCCGCGUAUCUCCUUCUGGGACUUCGGCGGCCAGGCCACGUACUACGGCUCGCACCAGUGUUUCUUCACGUACCGCGGGAUCUACAUCCUGGUCAUGUCACUGCUACAGAAGCUGUCCGACCCAGUUCCUGAUCUGGACUACAAGGCGGCAGCGGACAACCUCGUAACUGGAAGAGACUACUUGGACCACUGGCUGAACUCUGUCCACACCCACGGCCUGGUGCCCGGGCAGGAAGAGAAAGUUCAAGAGCCGCGUGUCAUCUUGGUUCUCACACACAAGGACAAAGUCAGCGAGUUUUACAUAGAGAAGUACAAGAAAGACAUACGUGAUCACAUCAGUGGUAUGGCUGCCGGUAAGCACGUCUUGCCAAAGAUAUUUGUCAUCAACAACUUCAGCGAGGACAACAGCGACAUUGAGGAUCUCCGAGAAUACCUCCGUGAGGUGGCGAAGGAUUUGUCGUUCAUGGGAGAGGAGGUGCCGAUGACUUGGCUUCAUCUGAAGUCCAAACUGAUGGAAAAGAGUAGAGAGGGUGACCCAUUCUGCCGCUUUCAAGAUGUCGUCGAUCUGGCCCGGAGUGAUGACGUGGGCAUCACGGACGUCAGCCAUGUUGCCGACAUCCUGACCUUCCUACACGACCUUGGUGACAUCAUCUUCAUUAACGAACCCGUUCUUCGUGACCACGUGACCCUUCGACCCCAGGUGAUGAUUGACGUCUUCAAGACCAUCAUCACAGUCCCGGAGUACCAACAGGGCAGGAGCACCGAUGGGGAGGUUGCUGAGAUGUGGAGGAGGCUGGAGACCGAAGGUAUUCUCAGUGACAGGCUGUUGAAAAUCAUCUGGACUAAAGCAGAUCAGAAGAUGAAAGAUCAGAAGAUGAAACCCUUCCAUCUCGAACACAAGGACUUCCUGAAGCGACUAAUGGAAAAGUACUACCUCCUCUGCAACGCCACGCCGAUCGGUGGGUUUGAUGAAGAAGAGAUCUACUUCGUACCAUCUCUCCUGGCCGCAGAGCCUGACUACAACACCUUGUAUCCUGGGCACAUGAGGAGACACCAGCAUCCUCUCUAUGUCGUAUUCGACAACAUGUUCCUCCCAAGUGGUAUGUUCUAUCGUCUACAGGCGAUCUGUGUACGUAGGUUCGGUCUUGAAGAGUCUCACGUGUUCGCCGGCUGCGGUCGUUUUCCUACCAACGAUGAAAAGCAACAGUUCGUGGUAACCAAAGUGAAGCACUACCUGAAGGUGGAGCUUCUGUGGGCUGAAGUUGAGGAGCAGCCAGUGUUCACACAGGGUCUUCCCGUCAGAAAGUUCCUCAGCAGUUGUCUCUUCGAGAUCAAGGAGAAGUGGAUCCCGUAUAUCCAGUAUGACUGGUGCUUCGGGGAGGAGUCAGAAGAAAAAACCGGAACACCAGCAUUCUGCCCGCUCUCUGUCAACGAACAAGAAGCGGCAACAGGAUCCAGUAGUUUUCCAGAAGAUUUCAUCAACGUUUGGAUGGGUGGCAGCAAUGAUAAGAGAACUUCACGUGCAGAAAACUCAGGUGGUUCCGGACCCGCGAUGAUAAAGCCUACAAUGGAGCCGAAGGUAGUCCACAACAUUAGUCCUCUCCUGGAUUGUUUGGAAAUGUUCGGAGGGCUGAGUUUUGAGGAGUGUGAACGGAUCAAGAAAGAGUCCACACCUAAAAGCAGGUACACGGAGUUGAAUGCUGCUGUCAACAAUGCCGGAGAUAUGUGUCGUCGCUUGCUGGGCGCGUCUGCGGAGGUUUGCCUGCCUGAGAUAGCACCUAUGUUCCUCCGAGAAGAGAGAGGGAAUGAAAUUGUUAUACUACACAUCGACGAUUACAGUGACAAGCUUGUCCAGCCACUAAAAGGACAGGCAUCCCAGUCGUUCAGCAGGUACGGUGUAACAGUGUCUGAAGACGCCAUCGAACCAGACCAGAGCUUGAAAGAAGAACUCUUGCGUCAUCUUCUUAAACGAAACGUCAGAAUGGUCGUACCGAUCAUCACAAUGAUGAGUCUCCACAACAGGUACUGGCCCCCGCUGCUGUAUCGAUUGUACGUACAGAACAAGAACCUAGUCUUUCCGGUCUUCGCUUACAAUAAAUACCCCAAAGGGACAGGGGAAAGUUUGCUGAAGAAGUUCAUAUCACGCUGUGAGGACAUGAAGGAUAUGUCAUCCCCCCAGAUACCAAUGACCACGGACCCACUGUCCAGCACCAAAAUCAGUCUUACUGCUGCACAAAUCCUGAGGAAGGUGUCAUCUUCUGUUGUGCCGCACACAUACAAGAUCACAGCUGAAGGCUGCACGGUUGAGGAGGAUGGUGUCACUAUCUCGUUUCCGACAGGAUGCGUUGAGAUGGAAAGGCCCCUUUCCUUCGAGGUCGAUAUACUGCCCAUUGACGACGCCUUAACAAAGGUUUUCUCAGCUGUGACCCCGAUACUGACCGUGCACCAAGGCAAGGAGGAAGACUUCUUACAGCCCGUUAGCGUCACCCUGCCAUGGGCAUGGAGGAAGAGUGAUCAUGGCUGCAGCAAAGACAAAACCAUCCUAAUGGAGGGGAAAUCACAUCCUUUUCAGUGGUCGCUGCUACAGGCAGAAGUUCAUGAAACAGAGGACGCAGUCACAUUCACCAUGAGGCACUCCUGCAGGAUGGCCGCUGCCAAAGAAAGUGGCAAUGGCGGAGAAAGUUCCACCUCAAUCAAGGGUAACCAAGAUGAGACAUCCAAUCGGGAAGCAGCAGAUGAAAGUAACUCAAGGGAGCCAAAUGUCCCAUCAGCAUCCAAAACUGCAGUCACAACUGAAACAUUACAAGCAUGUUGGAACGAAUACACUAAAGACAAGGCGUACCUCAUAGUAAACCCAAACCAGGCAACAAAAUAUAAUAACAAAAUCCACCUUAUGUGUGUUCACAAGGACGCCAACUCCGAUUUUUUUUUCCGACCUAAUAAUAUGCUGCCGCUCCCACCAUUCCAACAAAGCAUCGUCAUGGGCAGGGACGAUACGAUUAACGCCACGUUUGACAACAGCAAAGAAGUCAUUGGACACCCCGACGAUGUUUCAGAUGGUAUCAGCUUCGUCUUUCCACCAGCUGCAAGGGGACCUCCCAAGUGCAACAGGUGGUCCGUUAAACUGAUUCCGAACACUCCGCGCCCAGCUAGGAAGACGCACAUGUACCAGGGAGCCAUCGAUUUCAGACUACUUACCAUGUAUCAAAAACAAAUAACUGAUCCCUGGCGCCGGAUCCUGCCAGCACAGGUGUCCCUUGACUCUGACGAAGAAAGUUCCGAUCAACCUCAAAGACCCCAGGACCACGAUGCAUCUGAAAACCCUUCAAAGAAGUUAAAAGGUGGACAAUAUGAAGUUAAAGGGACGUUGGAAGAAUGCUCCGAUCAACCCGAGGACCACAAUGCAUCUGGAAACCCUCCAGAUGAAUUGAAAGUUGGAAAAGAUGAUGUUGCUGGGACGUCGGCAGAAACUUCAGAUCAACUCAAAAGAUCCCAGGACCAGGAUGCACCUGAUCAAAAGAAGUUGGAAGACGGAAAGGGUGAAGUUUCUGCGACGUUUGCAGAAAGUUCCUAUCAACACCAGGACCACAACGUGUCUGGAAACCCUCCAGAGGAGUUAAAAUGUGGAAAAGUUGCUGGAACGUUGGCAGGUUCCGACUUCACCGGGUACUUCCGUUACAUCAAGAAUAAUGUAACGGCCGAAUGGAAGGACCUUGCUGACAUAUUGCUGAGCUGGGACAAUGUAAAAGACAUUGAAAAGAGAAACAAAUUCCAGGACCAUUAUGCAUCUGGAAACCCUCCGGCAGAGGGAGCCUCCAGUCGUGAGGAUUCAGCUGUAAAAGGUGGCCACCAUUCAAAGGGCCUCAGAUUACCGGUAAUCUUGUUGAUCAACGACGAGUAUGGGACUUCCAAGGGAGGAAUUUCCACCAUCAACUGCGAGGCGAGCCAGAUAGUGAAGGGCAAGGCAGUCAUGUACGCCACAGCCCUGCAUGUGACCAAACAAGACCAGGAUGCAGCGGACAGAGAUGGCGUCACGCUGAUAGGGCCAGUACAACUAGACAAGAAUUCGGUGCCAACUCUGGACUGGCUGACCUACUACCACGAUAAACACUACCCAAACCUUCCUCAAGACGUCACCUGCAUUAUCGGCUAUGCUGAUAUAACAGAUACGGCGGCAAGAAACAUCAAGGAUCAACGCUAUCCACAGGCAAACCUCAUCAUGUUCACCCACGUCUUACCCGAGGGUACAGAGUACUACAAGGGAGGCCGGAAGGCCGUGGAAGCACGAAAGAAAGAGGAGGACAUGCUUGAUAAAGUACACAACGCAAAGGCAGCUUUCUCGGUAGGCAAGCGGAUCUACGACCACUGCAGCACCAAGUACAAGGGAAAGAAGAAACCACAGAAUCACCAUAUCUUCCUCCCGAAGCCAUCCAAGAUAUUUCUGGACGCCGAUGUGAGUCCCGGAGGAGGGGAAAAAGUUGUCCUGUCCAUCGGCAGGGUGAGGAAGGUUGAGAAGCUGAAAGGUCAUGACCUCGCUGGACAGUCCAUGAGGGAUGUGGUGAAGAUAAUCAAGAACGCCCGGUGGUGUGUCCGCGGCAUCAGUGAGGACGACUUUGACGCAAGUCAGAAGAUCCUGGAAGACGCCCUGAACAGUCCCGACCUGAAUCCCACCCUGCUGCCGUACGGGACCCAGAAGGACAUCAGGGACGACAUGAUGACAGCCCACCUGGUGCUGAUGCCAUCCCGCUCCGAGCCGUUCGGACUUGUCGGCCUGGAGGCCAUCGCCGCUGGCAUCCCCGUCCUCAUCUCCGACAAGACCGGCCUGGCAGACAUGAUCCUCGACCUGAUCAAGGAGAAGAAACUCAGCGCAGAGCACAGAAACGUCAUCGUGGAGACCAGCGUGAACGACCGCGAUCGUGCCGGAGAUGCAAAGAGGUGGGCAGACAGAAUCGUGGACAUCCUCGAGCACAGCGACUCGGAGUUCGAGAAAGCUGCCAGGUUCAAGCGGGAGCUCGUGGAGUCCAGGUACUGGGAGGAAUCCCACAAUGCCUUCCUGCAGGCCUGCGGCAUCACUGCUGGAGGAGCAGAUCAGUAGAGGUCAAGGGGCAACAGUGGACACAGCGGGCGCGGAAAUCAGGGCGUUGACAAGUUCAAGGUCCAUGACCUUGUGGCGAAGGCCACGACCAUUGUGAUAGAACAUUUAGACGUCCUAGAGCAAGAUCACGAGUCGGCGGCGUAAGCGCUGACGAUUUCCAAGAAAGCAAGGACAUUAUCCAAGCCAACAUUGCAAAGGAUCGGGAUACAUUCUAAUUCACCCAUCUGAAGUAUGACACACAGAAAGAGCCGAGCUAAGACCUGAGGGCCAGGUGUGCUGUACUCCCUCCACGUCACCUGUGCGCACUGCAUCAAGGCAGGACUGGACAACCCGUACCAGCACGAACUGAGGGACCGGACUGCAGAGGACGGCCGUGACGUCAGGUGUCCCAGGGUCAAGAAGACAGCAUCAACGUUUGUACAUAAGACAGCAUCAGCAGGCCUUGUGUACAGACUGGCCAGAUUGUUCGUUGUCGGGCGUAGAUCAUCCUUGACCCGGAGGAGACCGUCUCAACAAGAAAAUGUAAACGCCAAAGUGGCAGACUUCAAAACUCAAAACCAGGAGUACAAGCAGCAACCGGAAGUGACGCACACCCUACGCAAGAGGCUCUACUUCUUCCCUCGGGCUGCAGUUGGCCAGAAUCCUUAGCUUCAACUUUUUCUCAGUGUAACAAAGACCUUUUUUUAAAUCUACAACAGUUGCUCCAAAUCAACACGUAUUGAUUCUUAACACGGUUUCCAGGCAUCCAGUUAAAUAGAACAAUGUUGUCAGGGCAUUUUCACAGUGUAACCAAGGACUUUGUUGAAGGUCCUUGCGGUAACAAAAGCCUACAUUGUUCAAUCUAUAACAGAUGCUCUAAAUCAACAAAUACUAUAUAUUCACAGGAUUUCCGUGCAAAUAUGAUCCCGUAAGCUACGAGAAUAUUGCCAGGACAUUUCCCAGUUGAAAUAUCCAUGCAUUAGGCAUGUCUGUUCUGGUAGUUUUUAAACUGGUCAACCAUAGUUCGUAUGUCAGAGGAGAUGGACACCUCGCUACUGCGUAGCAGUAAAUGCUCCCUAUGGGAGCAGCUAGUUGUAACAUGUGUUGUAUGUUGCUACAUAUUUCUAGCAUGUUGCCAAGUUUUUGUAGCAUGUAGCUACUUUUUUGCUCAGCAUUUGACAGUUAAGGGCUAU